UUCAUUCUUCAAGUCAGAUGUUUGCCUGCCCUGCCCCUUGCAACAAGGAGCCAUGCCAGCUGGACACACACUUCUUCCAGGGCCCCUAGCAGCCAGGACCGAGUUGAGACCACAGCUGUUGAGGCCCUGAGCCCUGGGUUGGUGUAGCUCAAGGAAGGCCUCCCCCAACAAUGGCCUCCUCAUUGUUCCUGGCCUUCCUCUUCCUGGCUCCAGUCACAAUGACCACUCCCAGCACUGGCAGUCAGUGUCCAGCUUGUGGGGGGCCUGCCUUGGAUGUGGAGAGCCAGCGGGAGCUGCUUCUGGACCUGGCCAAAAGAAGCAUCUUGGACAAGCUGCACCUCAGCCACCGCCCAACACUGAGCCGACCUGUGUCCAGAGCUGCUCUGAGUACCGCACUUCAGCACUUCCAUAGGCCCCCACAGGGGACACUUCCAGAAGACAACAGGGGACAGGAAUGUGAAAUCAUCAGCUUUGCCAAGACAGGCCUCUCCAACAUCAACCGGACUCAUCUUGAUUUUCACUUCUCUGAUAGAACUGCUGGUGGCAUGGAGGUCCAGGAGGCCAGCCUCAUGUUCUUUGUGCAGCUCCCUCUCAAUACCACCAGAACUUUGAAAGUGAGAGUCCUUGUCCUAGGCCCACAUGACACCAACCUCACCUUGGCUACUCAGCACCUGGAAGUGGAUGCCAGUGGCUGGUACCAGCUCUCCUUGGGCCCUGAAGCUCAGGCUGCCUGCAGCCAGGGACACCUGACUCUUGAGCUGGUACCUGAAAGCCAGGUAACCCAGAGCUCAUUCAUCCUGGCUGAGGCUGCCCAUAGGCCUUUCAUAAUGGCCCAGGUGAGAGUUGGGGGCAAGCACCGGGUUCGCCGACGAGGCAUUGACUGCCAGGGAAGGUCCAGGAUGUGCUGUCGACAAGAGUUCUUUGUGGACUUCCGUGAGAUUGGCUGGCAUGACUGGAUUAUCCAGCCUGAAGGCUAUGCAAUGAACUUCUGCACAGGGCAAUGCCCACUGCAUGUGGCAGGCAUGCCUGGUAUCGCUGCCUCCUUUCACACUGCAGUGCUCAAUCUGCUCAAGGCCAACACAGCUGCAGGCACCUCUGGAGGGGGCUCAUGCUGUGUACCCACAGCCCGGCGCCCCCUGUCUCUGCUCUACUAUGACAAGGACAGCAAUAUUAUCAAGACUGACAUACCUGACAUGGUGGUAGAAGCCUGUGGGUGCAGUUAGUCUGUGUGUGAGCAAACAGAAGUUUGGGUGCAGAAAUUCCCCUUCUUGAGAGGAAAAAAUGACCUUAUUCUCUGUGCAGAGUGUAGGCUCCCUCUUCCUGAGCAACCUACAGAAAUGGUCUCAUCUUUGACUUGAUACUUGAUGAGACUUUCAUUUUAAUGACCUCUUCCUAGGGAUAGCCUGUCCAGCUAGCUCCACCUACUCCAUUCCCACUCCAGGGACUCAGACCCACCUCCAACUGUGAGCAAUACCAUCUGGUUCCCAGGAAGACAUCCUUAGCUCACCCUUAACUGACCAUAAUCCACCAUCCCUUCCUGCUCUUUCCAUGUGAUGGUCCCCAUUCUAGGUUGAGUUGACCCAGCCCCUUCCCCUGAUUUUCUGGAUCUCGAGAGAGCUCUUCCUGGGAUUCACCAAAGAUUACAUCACUGUUCUCCAAAGCUGAAGCUUACCUGGCUCUGAGCCUUGAGCCCCUUUCCUUCUUACUUGCCCAGGGGAGCUACAAAUGCUCUCUUUGCAUACUCUCAUCUAUUUUUUGUCCCUCUCUGUCUUUCUCUAUGUCCAUAGGGGCUGACUCACCUGACCUACACUGCCUUCUGGCUUCCUGAUGGAUUUGACUAGGGAGGACACAGGCAGGAGGCCAAAGAAUAGGAGGAGACAGAGAUCAGGGUAUUUCUUACUCCUGCUUCCCGUGCCUAGGUGCCAUAGUACCCGUGGCUGUGCUGUAGCCACCUGUAGCACCUCUCCAGUUACCUCUUUCACAGCUCCGACUUUGCCUAGGUUCUGCUAUCAUUGCUUCAACAUUCGGGGGUCCUAAUGACUCUAAUGACGUGCCACCUUGCUAUCCCUGGGGGUGUCUACAUCCCUCGUUGGUUCUCCUAACCCUGCCUACACCUCUGUAAGUAAUUCUUUCACUGUGUCCUCUCGAUGAAGCAAACCCAGGUGCUGAGUAGGUCUUCUACUGCCAGGACCCUUACCUGGCACCCCAGAAGACACGGAGCCUGCCCGUCUUGCCUAUUCUGCUUUCUCUUAAUGUCACUAUUGCAUCUGUCUCACGCUUCAUGCCUCUUCCUCCCCCAGGCUGCCUCUUCUUUCUGCCCUCCCUCCAUCUUUUCAGAACUACCUUUGAUGGUCUCAUGGCUAAUAAAAGAUCUAGAUUUUACUUGCUCCUCUCCUCCCUCUGUACUCAUUCCAAAAAAUGAGACAAAUCAAUGCUCAAUCAUUAAGUAAGCCAACAGUCUGUGGCCACACAAGUGGUGAGAGGCAGAGGCAUACUCAGAGCUGGAACCAGCACCUCUAACUUGCCUCCUUUCACCUGCCCCCGAGAGCUAUAUCCGGGAGUCCCUCCUGGAAGCUGGAAUUGGCAAGGAUUGCUUAAAUGGGACAGGGAAAAGAAGAGGAAGGCCUGGGACGAAGAGAGGGUGGCAUUUGCUCUGAGACAGGUUUUCUUUAGACCUUUGCCCUUCUUUCCCCCCAGUCUCCUCCCUUUGGCUGGACAACUCUGAACGGUGAGGUCGAUAUUGUCUGCAGCCCAAGGCCGAGUUUGCGUAAAACCCAUGUGUCCUUUGGUGAACGUGAUGUCUGUGUUUGCUCAGUUUAUAAUCCUCUCCCGCCAGGGUAAGAGGUCCCUGAAAUUGGAGCCCUAGAGGAGAAAGUCUGAAAGGACCUCCUGAGGAACUACAGAUCUGAGCUGGAGGCUUCCUGAGCAACCUAUGGAAGUUUCCCACCUUUGACUUGAGGAGACCUUUAUCUCAGGAGAAUCUGAGGUCUUCCGGUGGCUUUCCCUCUCCUUUCUGCCACUGUCACCUCCCUCUCCAAUCCCCCACACUCCUGAUCUAACCUGCUUUUUCUCCACCUACAGCUUUAGUCCCCAGGACCAAGACUGGGGCAAGGUAAAGUCAGCUGCUCACCUUAGGGGCAAAAUUUGAAGGGGAUGGCAAAAAACAUCAUCAAUCAAGAUAAUAAGAUUUUAAUGCAAUAUUUCUUCAAAAUCAAAAUUAAUGCAAAAAAGUUCACAACAAAAUAGCAUAUUUUAAAAUAAAUACAGAAUCAGUGUUAUUCCUUU